UUUUAAUGCCUAGUGUCCUUUCAAAGAUUCCUCUGCCUUAAUCAUUUCAAAAUAAGGCACUUUCAGGGGCAGUUUUGGUGCUAAUCUUAAUGAUUCUGAAAUCAAAGAAAGAAGCGUCGUCGCCUAGAAAGAUACCUAGAAGACAAGGUCAAGGGAAUGUUGACAAAGUGUUUAUGAACAGAAUCUUAGAUUUAUUGAAAAUUGUUAUUCCUUCAAUUAAAAGCAUGGAAGUAUUUGAUUUGAGUGUUCUAACAGUGUUUUUAUUUAUUCGUACUAUGAUGAGUAUAUAUAUUUCAUCUUUGAAUGGUAGAAUAGUUAAAACAAUUAUCAAUGGUGAUUUGGAAAAAUUUAUAAAAAAAGUAUGAGAAUAAUAUAAUUUAGAUCGUACAAUUAGGUUUAGUUGCUGUGCCUGCAAGUUUUGUAAAUAGUUAUUUAGAAUAUCUAAAUAAAUCACUUUCACUCAGGUUUAGAAGGAGAUUAACAGAAUACUUUCAUGAUCAAUACAUCAAAAAUAUGAUCUUUUAUUAAGUAUCAAAUUUAGAUAGUCGUGUUGCUAACCCUGAUUAGAGAUUAACAACUGAUAUAGAGAAGUGGGCUAACUCAUUGUCUCAAAUUUACUCAAAUUUUUCUAAACCAAUUUUGGAUAUAUUUUUAUUCUCAAAAAAAUUAGCAGUUUCAAUUGGAUACUAAGGACCCAUGUACGUGUUCUUAUGGUAUUUCUUUUCAGGAGUACUAUUAAAAAUUGUGUCUCCUGCAUUUGGUAAAUUAACUGCUAUCGAUUAAAAAUUAGAAGGUGAAUAUAGAAGUGUUCAUAGUCAAUUGUUAUAUCAUGCAGAAGAAGUAGCAUUUUUAUAAGGAUAAAAUUGGGAAAAGUUAAAGAUUAAUUAAUCAUAUUAAUAGCUUAAUAAGCAUUAGAUAGUAGUGAACAAGUUAAGAUUAUUUAUGGGAAUUUUUGAUGGGCUGCUUGUUAAAUAUGGUGCAGUUAUGGCAGGAUAUGGAAUUAUGGGAUUACCAGUUUUCGGACCAAAUAGGGAAGAAUAUUUAAAAAAAAUUGGAAACGAUAAAAGUGCAAUUACAAGAGAUUAUGUUAGCAAUAGUUCACUUUUGAUUAAUUUGGCAAAAGCAAUUGGGAGAUUGGUUGUCAGUUAUAAAGAAAUAUAACAAUUAGCUGGAUACACUAGGGUUGUUUAUGAAAUAAAGGAAGUAUUAUCUGAUUUGUCUUCUGGAUAUUAUAAAAGAACUUAGGUCCAAUAAGAAAAUGAAACCGGAUAAGUAGUUAUUGAUUAAGGAAAGCACUAGACAAUCUAAUUAGACAAAGGCUAGGUAACUUAAUUUUUUAAUUUAGAUUAUUCAAACUUAAGACAUAAUCGAAUUCGACAAUGUACCAAUCAUUUCUCCAAAUGGAGAUACUCUAAUUAAGGGUAUGUGUUUUAAAAUCACACCCGGAAUGAAUGUUAUCAUUAGUGGACCUAAUGGUUGUGGAAAAUCAUCUCUUUUCAGAAUUUUGGGAGCAUUAUGGCCAGUCUAAGGUGGUACCUUGUAUAGACCUGCAAUUGAUAAGUUAUUUUACAUUCCUUAAAGACCAUAUUUACCCCCAGGAACUCUCAGAGAUUAAAUCAUUUACCCUCAUACGAAAUUGUAGAUGUUAAGAAGAAAGAUUAAUGACUAAGAUCUGAUAAAAUUAUUAGAAGAUGUUUAGUUAGAAUAUUUAGUCUAUAGAGAGAGAGGUUUGGAUGCAGCAAAUGAUUGGAAUGAUGUCUUAAGUGGAGGAGAAAAACAGCGUAUUGCAAUGGCUAGAUUAUUCUAUCAUAAACCAUAAUAUGCUAUUUUAGGUAUCAUUACUAAUAUAAUUCGAUAGAUGAAUGCACAUCUUCUGUUAGCAUGGACAUUGAAGCAAUUAUGUACAAUAAAGCUAAAGCUUUAAAUAUAACCUUGUUUACAGUAUCACACAGGCAAUCAUUAUUUAAAUUUCAUGAAUAUAUUCUUAAAUUUGAUGGGGAGGGAAGAUAUUGGUUCAAUAAAUAAAAUAUUUGAGAAUAUUUAUAAAAUUAGAAAAGUAGUAAAAUGUUUA